GCCGCCGCGCCAGCAGCGCCGAGCGAGCCUCUCCCCAGCCGUCCCGGGCUGUGCCCGGAUCCCGGUCCAGGACCCCAGUCCCGCGCUCGUCGAGCGUCCGCGGUCGCCCCCCGGGAAGGGGAGGGGAGGCGGCCACCGCCCGCUGCACGCUCCCGUCCUGUCCGCGGGCCCAAAGUCCCCCAGGUACUCUAGGGAGGGAAAAGACUGACCACCAUCUUCCAGGCACACCUUUCCUUCUGGUUCCCCACCUGAAGCUCAGACACUGAAGAAGACUGCAGCACACAGGGACCAUGACCUUGGGCCCCCCCAGGAGGAGCCUUUUGAUGCUGCUGAUGAUCUUAGACCUGACCCAGGGUGACCCUGUGAAGCCCUCUCGAGGCCCACUGGUGACCUGCACGUGUGAGAACCCACACUGCAAGGGGCCUACCUGCCAGGGGUCAUGGUGCACAGUGGUGCUGGUGCGGGAGCAAGAUGGGCACCCCCAGGAAUUUCGGGGCUGUGGGAGCCUGAACCAGGAGAUUUGCAGGGGGCGCCCCACUGAGUUUGUCAACCAUUAUUGCUGCUAUAGCCCUCUCUGCAACCACAAUGUGUCCCUGGUGCUGGAGGCCACCCAAACUCCUCCGGAGCACCCGAAAGUAGAUAGCCAGCUGCCUCUGAUCCUGGGCCCUGUGCUGGCCCUGCUGGUCCUGGUAGCCUUGGGUAUUUUGGGUCUGUGGCAUGUCCGGCGGAGGCAGGAGAAGCAGCGAGGCCUGCACAGCGACCUGGGCGAGUCCAGCCUCAUCCUGAAGGCAUCUGAGCAGGGAGACAGCAUGUUGGGGGACUUCCUGGACAGUGACUGCACCACGGGCAGUGGCUCAGGGCUUCCCUUCCUGGUGCAGAGGACAGUGGCGCGGCAGGUGGCUCUGGUGGAGUGUGUGGGAAAGGGCCGCUAUGGUGAGGUGUGGCGGGGCUUGUGGCAUGGCGAGAGUGUGGCGGUGAAGAUCUUCUCCUCAAGAGAUGAACAGUCCUGGUUCCGAGAGACGGAGAUCUACAACACGGUGUUGCUCAGACAUGACAACGUUCUAGGCUUCAUUGCCUCGGACAUGACUUCGCGCAACUCGAGCACACAGCUGUGGCUCAUCACACACUACCACGAGCACGGCUCCCUGUAUGACUUUCUGCAGAGGCAGGCGCUGGAGCCCCACUUGGCCCUGAGGCUAGCUGUGUCUGCGGCCUGCGGCCUGGCGCACCUGCACGUGGAGAUCUUUGGCACACAGGGCAAACCUGCCAUUGCCCAUCGUGACCUCAAGAGCCGUAACGUGUUGGUGAAGAGCAACCUGCAGUGUUGCAUCGCGGACCUAGGCUUGGCUGUGAUGCACUGUCAGGGUAGCGAUUACCUGGACAUCGGCAACAACCCGAGAGUGGGCACCAAGCGGUACAUGGCACCUGAAGUGCUGGACGAGCAGAUCCGCACUGACUGCUUUGAGUCCUACAAGUGGACAGACAUCUGGGCCUUUGGCCUGGUUCUGUGGGAGAUCGCCCGGAGGACCAUCAUCAAUGGCAUUGUGGAGGACUACAGGCCACCCUUCUAUGAUGCGGUGCCCAAUGACCCCAGCUUUGAGGACAUGAAGAAGGUGGUAUGUGUCGACCAGCAGACCCCCACCAUCCCCAAUCGGCUGGCUGCAGACCCGGUCCUCUCUGGCCUGGCACAGAUGAUGCGGGAGUGCUGGUAUCCCAAUCCCUCUGCCCGCCUCACUGCGCUGCGCAUCAAGAAGACACUACAGAAACUCAGCCUUGGUCCAGAGAAGCCCAAAGUGAUUCAUUAGCUCAGGGGCGCCAGACUCCCUCUGCCUGCAGUGUGUGCGUGUGUGGGGGGGAGAGGCAGGAGAUGGUGGCUUAUCUGGGUAGUGUAAGUGGGCAUGCUGGGGAGGGGAUACCCCCCUGUAGAGCAGCUGUGUCUGCCCAACUUGGCCCUUAGCCCAUCCAGCCAAAAAUACAGCUGGGCUGAAAUCUGA